CUGUCGGGGGGCCUGUGUCCUUCAGCGACGCCCCCUGUUCUCAGAAGCAGCUGAGCCCGUGGGUGGGGCUGGAGCCCCCAGGCAGCAGCCCCCAGCAGGCCGCUCCCAGCGUCCCUGCCCCGUCCUCCGAGGGCUCCAGGAGCAGAGCAGCCACCAUGCACAUCCCUGAAAGCCUCCAGGACCUGGCGGACAGCGAGGCCGUGCGGUUCCUGAAGAGGCCCAAGACCAUUGUGCGGCUCCUUGCAGGGGUCUUCUCCCUGGUGAUCUUCUCCUCGUUGCUCACUGAUGGCUACCAGAACAGCGUGGACUCCUCCCAGCUGCACUGCGUGCUCAACAGCAGCAGCUUGGCCUGCAGCUUCGCCGUGGGCGCCGGCUGCCUGGCCUUCCUCACAAGCCUGGCCUUCCUGGCCCUGGAUGCCAGCGAGUCCCGCAUCACCAACACCCACGUCAAGACAGCCCUGCAGCUCCUGGACUUGAUCCUGGCCGUCCUGUGGACAGGCGUCUGGUUCGCGGGGUUCUGCUUCCUGGCCAACCAGUGGCAGCACUUGCCACCCAAGCAGUUCCUCGUGGGCAGCAGCAGUGCCAAGGCCGCCAUCACCUUCACCUUCCUCUGCAUCCCCAUUUGGAUAGGCCAGGCCUACCUGGCAGUACAGGACCUCAAGAACGAUGCUCCCGUGCCCUACAAGCGCUCGCUGGAUGAGGGCGGCGUGGUGCUCACCACCCUGUCCCCGCCCUCGGCCACCAGCCUGAACUAUGCCAGCUCCGCCCUGUCCCCCUACAUGGCGGCUCCGAAGGGCCCCCGCCUCGCAAUGAUGCCCGACGACUAGACGCACUCUCCAGCUGAGAUAAAGUGGUAACCCUCCUCCCAGAAGCAUUUCUGAAACAGC